GUGCUCCUGCAGCCACAGCCAUGUCCUGCUACGACCUGUGCCGGCCCUGCGGCCCCACCCCGCUGGCCAACAGCUGCAACGAGCCCUGUGUCCGGCAGUGCCAGGACUCGCGGGUCAUCAUCGAGCCGUCCCCCGUGGUGGUCACCCUGCCCGGGCCCAUCCUCAGCUCCUUCCCCCAGAACACCGCCGUGGGAUCCUCCACCUCUGCCGCCGUGGGCAGCAUCCUGAGCGAGUCCGGGGUCCCCAUCAACUCGGGCGGCUUUGGGCUCUCGGGGCUCUCUGGCCUUGGUGGCCGCUACUGCGGCCGCAGGUGCCUGCCCUGCUAGAGCUGGGCCGGACGUCCAGCGAGUGCCUCCCCCAGGACGCCCCAAGCCAGGUGCCGCGCUGAGGCUGGAGCUGCUGGCCAGCGUUUCCAGAGGCCUCGGGGCCCUGCAGCCCUCCUGCCAAGGAGGGAGGCAAACGUGGCCAGCUGAGGCUUCUGCUUGUCCUGCUUUCUUCUGCACCUCCCCGGGCCCUGCCGGGCCCUGCUCUGCUGGCCCAGGGGCUCAGCCCCUGGCCA